UAAUAAAGAGGGAGGAAGAGAAAGAGACAAGCACUAAUCUGUGCUCAUAGGUUGGACAGCAUACACUCUGCCGGUAGUGACAGCACUUCUUUACACUCUCUCCCCGUGUGGAUUGGCUGUGUUGUGUUUUGGAUUAUUUGGAUGGUGUAUUUCAAGGUGAAAGGGAUUCCCACCACUGGGAAAAAUCCAAAAGUGUGUCCUGGCACAAAGUGAGGAGAAGAGGAGGAAGAGGAAGAGGAGGAGGGAGGACGGCAGCAAUUUUUCCCCUCAUCUUUGCCUCUGAAGGCGUUUCUUCUGUGGGAGAAUGGGGGCAGGAGCUCUGACCAUCUGUCACAACAAGACAGCGGUGCAGGUGAAAGAAGACAUGAAGAAGAUGGUCCAGAUACCCAUACUGAGACCCAGGACAGUGGCAGCGAAGCAGGCCAAGCUGUUUGGAGUGUCCCUGUUUGAGUUACGGGAGAAGGGCCUGGUGGAGGAUGGUGUGCCUCUGAUGGUGCGGAGGAUGGUGGAGCAUCUCCGCAAGCAUGUGGGCAGAUCAAUAUAGAAAUAAUACCAUCGGGGCUGACACUAUGACUACUUUACACUUCAAACUAUCUACUAACAAUUGAAUAUGAACAAGGGG